AUGAACUACUACCUCUUCGUCUACAAUUUCGUUGCGGCUGUGGCCUGGUUGGCCAUUAUCACCCAAUGUAUAGUGGACUUGAUGCCUGGAGGAUUCUACCAAGUGGGAAACUUCCACCAAUUUCCCCACAAGUUGAUGACGGUGACUCAGAUCGUUAAUGCCGUUUGUGAAGUGGCCCAUGGGCUUACCGGGAUGGUGCCAUCGCCGCUCCUGUCGUUGCUUCUCCAAUUUUUCGCCAGACUUGUCAUUACCUUGGGAAUCUCCUAUUGGGUGCCCCAAUCUCCUGGAAAUGUGUCGGUGGCUUAUGCGGUGUUGACGGUAGCAUGGUCAGUGACGGAGAUCAUUAGGUACAGCUUCUUUGCCGCAAAACAGGUUGGGAAGGUUCCAUACGGAUUGCUCUGGCUUCGCUACCUGGCCUUCAUCGUACUUUAUCCAAUGGGUUUGUUGAGUGAGCCGGUGGUGGUUUACAAGACAUUAGGGUCUGUUUCUGGGUUUUAUUACUGGUUUCUUGCCUUGGGCAUGUUGAUGUAUGUGCCAGGGUUUGUCAAAUUAUAUGGAUACAUGUGGAAGCAGAGGAGCCGUUACUUGAUUAGAAAGAAGGAAUGA